AUGGAAGAGCGCGGAGUCGGCGGCAGCCACGGAGGGCUCAGCUCCCCUCCCGAGCAGCGCUCUGACCGGGGCACCCCGGCCGGGCCCCCGGCCCCGCCCCCGAGCNGCCCGGCCCCCGGCGCUCCUGUCACCCCCUCCCCGGCCCCUUCCUCCCGCGCCCCCCGGCACGCUCCCGCCGCGUUGCGCCAGGCGCAACCCGAGAGCGGGACGCGCCGUCCCGGGAAACCGUCCUCCCGGCGGGAGCAGGCCCGGCCCCGCAACUCCUCCUCUUCCCGGGCUGUUAGCGGAGCGGGCAGGGAUGCGCGGGCCUUCCCGGCCGGGCGCCGAGCCGCCGGCCCGGCGCUCCCGGGGGUCCAGCCCGCCUGUCCCAACGCAGCGCCCUGCCCCUCCCUCUGCUCCCCGGGCCCGCGGCGGGCAUUUACCUGCCGUGGUGGCGCAGAGCGGGGCCCUGGGGCCUCUGGCAGCCGGAGGAGGCAGCGGACUCCGUCCCGCUGCUGCCGUCCCCGAGUGAGGCGGGCGGGACGGAGCCGGGACCUGCCCCGGGAGGCGUUACGUAAACCGGCGGCGGCGGCGGUUCCAGCGCCACGGGGAGGGAAGGAGGGAGGGAGGGGGCCGGGCCGGCCGCUCCGUCACCCGGCAACGGGACUCAGCGCCCCGGCGGACGGCGCCGCCGGCUCCGCCCCGUAUCCCUCCGCCCAGAGGGCGGCACGGAUCCCUGAUCGCAGAUCCGUGGGGCUGCGCAGCGCGGGUGGGAAGGGGCUAGCGACCAUCUCGCCGAGUUCCAAAAUGCAGUAUGUCAUCCACGUUGGCUCACACUGCUUCUUUUGUGCACAACAUCUUCAGUCAAUGGAACCAAGAUCGCCUUUGAAAACAUGAUCCCCCAGUACCGGAUGUGGUCCCAUUUAGGCCUUUCAACAAGUUAAGUCUGUAUUUAAAAAAUACAUCUCAUAAGAAGCAUGAAUGCAAACAUUGCCUCCCAGCCUAUAUAUUCAUUUCCUGAUACAGAGCAACAUUAUUCUUAUUUUUAUUUUAGCUAGGGUUUGCCAAUUUUGAACAUCCUUAGUGCCUAAUUUAGUCAUAAAUCUGACUUAGGCUAGCAAGAUUAUGUAGCUACAUGAACUACCAGCAUUCUCUUAAAUGUCGCUGAGGCAGUCAUUGAUGUCAUAUGAACGUGCAGUUAAUCAGUUACUUUCUCCAAACCUUGCAGGAGUAUUUUGGGAGAAAUCUAAAGAGAAAGUAGUCCUUUAAACUGUAUGAUAAAAGGACAGAAUUGUUCUUUGAACUAUUUAAUUAUUGUUCAAGUUAUUUUCUUGUUAUGAAAAGCUGAAACUGAAAAGCUUUGGGGGAAAAGUCCUGCUGACUGUUUUCUGCUGAGUCAUUCCCUGGGUUUAUCAGAAGCCUUUCACCACAACUAACAAAACUCACACCAAUCACUAUCAAAUUUUGUUCAGGAGCUCAGAAUUUGAAUUCCCCUUUUCAAGGUAGAAUAAGAUGUACUAAAAUAUGAGGCGUCUAAGAUUUGUGUGCACUUAUCCUCAAUGUAUUAAUAUAUGUAUAUCAUCAAUACAAAUCCACUCUAUUUCACCCUUUCUAAACAUUUUUUUUUCUCUGAAAGUUUGUAGAAGGAACAGAUGCUCAGAACAUUGGUGUUCUCCUAAUGGAGCAAGCCAGAACAUGGAGGCCAAUUAUUCUGAAUAUUCACGUAGUUGCUGUGUGACAUUUCAAAUUGUCAGUUCUGGUUUUGUGGUCAGAUCUCAGGAAUCAGGACAGUGGAACUUUUUUGUUUGUUUGCUUGUUGGUUUUUGUUGGGUUUUAUUUUCCUAACAACCAACCCAGUUCCGAUCUCCAUUUGGCAAGCAUUUCAGAAACAGCUGGUACAUGACCAUAUGCCGUGCUGGCACUGCUGUGGGCUUAUUUCCCACUUGUCCUCCUGGUCAAUCAGAGUAGCUCCAUGUGCUGAAGGACAGCUGGUCCCUUGGCAUGCAAAGCAGCUAAUGAACUUUUCCUCCAAAAAGCUGUAGGGAUAGAGCAUGUGAGCUGCAAUCAGUGGUUUUUCCUUUCUGAAGUGCUAUCAAAGAUGGAAGUUUUCUAUGGGAACCCUGUUUAUUGCCUCUGUGUGACAACCUGCACCCUGAGAACAACUAUGUGGGUGUGCAUUGUAGGUGACAGCACUUGUUUGGAAAAUGAAGGCUAAAUGAUCUGUGUUGAAAAGAAUGCUAAACCACAGCUGAGUGACUGAUGGACUUGUGCCUUUAGCUGUCAGCCUCAGCAAGUAGACCAUUUUCCUUUUUCAUUGUGAUCCCUGCUGAAAGAGUCUCCAAUAAAUUUCUAAAAAUGUGUCCAUUUCAUAAUAUAUUAUUUUUUCCUUUAAGUAACCUACUGAAGGAGAAAUUGCACAGCAGUUUAGUAUUACAUAGCCACAGCUUGUAAGCAUUUUAUUGUCAGCCAUUCCUUUUACUUCCUUAAAAUCAGUCAGUUUAUAAUAUUCCCUAAAAUUUCCUUGUAGGUGCAAUAAAAAUCCCCUGAUUUUCCCUGAACAGGGAUUAAGUAUCAGUUAGCUUUGAAAGUCAUGAUAACCAAUCAGUAGACAAUUCUCUUGUUCACAGUUCAUAAACCAUUUAUAUGAAAUGCUUGAUGAAAACAAUCUGCCCAUUCAGCAUUUUAGAAACAGAGCUACAGUACCAUUUGUGAGGGAAUAUAUGUAUUCCAAGAACUUAAAUGAUGACCUAAAUGUGCAGGAUCUAAAUAUAUACAUAAAGUCAUAAUGUGUUUUUAAAAUGUAGAAAAUGGAUGGAUGUUAAUGUAAACUGAAACAAGGGAUAUCCAACAGACUCAUGAUGAGUUUUAUUUGAAAUCUUGAUGCACAGAAUCAAAAUUAUAAUUAUUUCUUUGAAACUACUUUUCUUAAUUCCACAAAGGCUUGCCUAACUUUUUUACUUCUUUUCAGGAUCCAUUUCAGGUUUUUAGCAAAGACGUUCACACCUCCCAGAAGUAAUAACUCGGUUCAAAUGACACAUUCAAAAGGCAUUCCUCAGCACUAGAUCAGGUUUCAGAUUCCUUUUUACUGAUCCCUCUUUCCUAAUAAUAUCCCUGUGCUGUACCAAAAACCAAGCUGUACAUACCCACAGAAUCAGAGGACCACACUGUUGUCAGCAUAAAGGACCUCAUCUACUGCAGUGAAUGGAAUGUGUCAUUAAAUUUUAGUGGGGUUUUCAUUAUGCCACAGUUCAACCCUUUUCCUUUCACACUCCUCUCAAAGGGGUUUCAAUGUCUUUGAUAGGAACACACUAGCGUUGGAAGAUCUGAGUCACUUGAAAAAUCAAUUACAUAAUUCAAAGUAAAUUUAUUUUCUGUUUAAUCCAACUUGAUCACUAUAACCUCAA